ACGCCCACGCUCCAAAAACAGCUGUUGCUAAUCGUAAAUAGACGCUCUAUUAUUGCUGGUGAACUCCAAAUUGUUUGUUAAAUCUUAUUAUUAAGUCACAAAAUGUCCUCUGCGAUAUAUUUGGAGAACUAUCUGGACGGAUUGGAGAGUCUGCCCACGGAGCUGGAGCGAAACUUUAAGCUGAUGCGAAAACUGGACGAUCGGGCGCAAACUGCCAUGAAAAGCAUCGAUAGCCAUGCCAAGGACUUCAUGCGAAAGCUGGGCGAGAACGGGGCCAUGAGCGACGAGGAGAGGAAGGAGCGCCAGGAGGACAUCAAGGCGCUGUUCGGAAAGGCCAAGGAAUACAGUGAUGACAAGGUGCAGCUGGCCAUCCAGACCUACGAGCUGGUGGACAAGCAGAUCCGGCGGCUGGACAAUGAUCUGGCCCGCUUCGAGGGCGAGAUCCAGGAGAAGGCCUCCUCCACGCGCGCUAAAUCCGAGGAAGUAGUGGCCAAGAAGGGUCGCAAAAAGACCAAGGACAGCAAGACGACGGGCAAAAAGAAAAAGUCCGCCUCCUCAGACGAGGACACUGGGCGUGGCAACAAUCAGACCAACACGAAUUCCAGCCUCAAUACGAGCAGCAAUGCCGGGCAAGGUACCAAAAAGAAAAAGUCCAAGGUAAAUCAAGAAAAAGAAACUCGCAAGGGGGGCGCACAAAAGAAAACCGUCGAGGUGGAUGACUCGGAGAAGGAAUCGUGCCACACAGCCGCCACGCAUCCCAGCGAUGUCAUGGACAUGCCCGUCGACCCCAAUGAGCCCACGUAUUGCCUGUGCCACCAAGUUUCCUAUGGCGAGAUGAUUGGCUGCGACAAUCCCGACUGCCCCAUUGAGUGGUUCCAUUUCGCCUGCGUCGGCCUCACCACAAAGCCAAAAGGAAAGUGGUUCUGCCCGAAGUGUACGCAGGACCGAAAGAAGAAAUAGACGCAUUUCCCUCUAGUAGCUUAGAAUAAACCUAGAUUAAGUACUAAAAUAUUAAAUAAAGCUUCGGCGUGUCAAUAAUGUCUCUAAUUAA